AGUACAGCUUGUGUAAAUAAACCAGCGUAUUUUAGUUCACUUCAAUGGAGCUGGGCCUCUUUGCACCAACUGAAGACCCAACCCACUAAUGCUCUGUAAAUUUCGCCAGCCUGCCCCUGUCUGGAUGAGAGAACUGAGGGGGGAUGUGUAGUGCUGCGUUCUGCUCUCCACUACAAGGAAGGAAUAAAGUCUUAAAUGUGGAUGCAGUGAAGGUAAAGCUGCAGAUCUGGGACACCGCGGGGCAGGAGAGGUUCCGCAGCGUCACUCACGCCUAUUACCGAGACGCCCAUGCUUUGUUACUGCUGUACGAUGUUACAAACAGAGCAUCAUUUGACAACAUCCAAGCAUGGCUGACCGAGAUCCAUGAAUACGCACAGCAAGAUGUGGUCCUCAUGCUACUGGGAAAUAAGGUGGAUUCGACCCAGGACAGAGUGGUAAAAAGGGAAGAUGGAGAGAAAUUAGCCAAGGAGUACGGAGUGCCCUUCAUGGAGACCAGCGCGAAAAGCGGCUUGAAUGUCGACUUGGCCUUUACGGCCAUUGCAAAGGAGCUGAAACACAGGUCCAUGAAGCUGCCCAAUGAGCCCAAAUUCAAGCUCCAUGACUACGUGAAGAAGGAAGUCAGAGGCUCGGGAUGCUGCAGAUCCUAAAGCGCAGGCUCCAGCAGCCAGGGCAGCUGUACAGAGACUCAUGCCAAGUGUUCAUGUGCCACACUCCCUCCUCGUGGACAGUAUGUGCAUGUGUGUUCAUUGUCUGUGUGUUCUCGUAAAGGUGAGCUGAGAUGUGGAGUGGAAGGAGCAGAAGAAAAGGCUCUUUCCUGGCAGCCCCAAUGCUGGCUCUGGUGCAGCCACGACAUUCCAGGCACCACGGCCCAACACCCCAUUGUAGUAGUAUUCGUUAAUUACACGCUGUGAUCGCUUCAGGUGGGGUGUAAAACUUCAAGUUCCUCCCAGGGGGACAAAAACAUUGUCUGUCCCACAUCAGGCCCUAGGGACCUGUCCAUUCCUACGAGCUAACGGUUGCUAAUCCUGACAUGGGUUUGACACAGACUUUCUCUAACAUGUCCAGAGAGGAGUUUGGUAUUGGUCCACAAGCACACCUAGAUAUCAAGAACUCCUGUUAUCAUGGUGGCUCUUGACACUUACUCGCUCUGUGGCCUUGGGCAAGUCAUUUGACCACCUUGUGUCUUGGUUUCCCCACCUGUAAAAUGGGGAUGAUAAUACUUACCCAGCAGCAGAGGGCACUGUGAGGAUUAAUGUUCGGAAGGCGCUAUACAAGUGCUAGGUAUUAUUACAUGAC